CAAGCUUAUGAAAACUAUUUUGAACCAGAAAUAGCACAUUUGGCAAAUGCCAAAAGGACAUUUUGUGCUGGCUGUCGUAGAAAGUUUGAUCUUGAAACUUCGCAAAGAUUUCUUUCUAGGUGCAAGACCGAAUCUGUGUCAGUCACAUCGGCAAUGUUGGCAGCGAGUGUAAUUUUCUUUUGUAAACUUCUAAAAAAGAAUGGGUGCCUUGAUACCGUUACAGUACAAUUCGUAUUUGCUGCCGAUCUACGAAAAUACAUAAACACCAGCGUGGAAUUUUAUCCAGGUAUGGCUGUAGUUUUGUGUCCUGUUGAGGUAAAUGUGGAUGUUACCUCGGUUGAGUCGUUAGAAGAUGAAUUUUGGAAAUUUUCUUCAUACAUCAAAGGUCAAGUCUCAGAUGCCCUUAAGAACAAAAAACCAUUGGAUAUUCUAUAUGGAGAUAUUGAAACCAAUGUGAAAAAUGGAAGAAAACGCGGGAAGUCUGAUUAUGUUAUUACAUUGUCUAACAUCGAAAACGUAGGUCUGCCAUUGGAAAAUAAUGAAAAUUUUCAAUUGUUAGAAUGCCAGAUGAUAUCAGAUAUUAGAAUUGAUUAUUGUCCAAUAUUUAUGAUGUUGACACAUGAGUUAAACGGAAUAUUACAUCUUGGCGUCGCAUAUGAAUCGUCUUAUACAUCAUCGGAGACUGUAGAAACAUAUACAGAUGAAAUCCAAAAAAUAUUACUCAAAAGUAUUCAUUGAAAAGUUUACAAGAAGAAGAUAGUGACAGUGUUCAAUCUGCAACCAAAGUGACUUUGGUUUGGUACCAUUAAAAUGUUCAAACCCACACUCAUACCACAUCUUUAUAUAUCUAUUAUCUUUUGGAAGUCACGCGGACAACUGUUCGAGUAGAACAAAUGAUGAAAUAAUUCGUAGGCUGUCAAAUAUUAAUAUGUUCAAGAUUGUUAAGCGAUCUGUUAACAAAACAAAUAAGUAGUUUUUAUUUUCCCUUUUUAAUUAUUACUUUUAAGUUAAAUAGAUGUCAACAAGUAGAAGCUUUGCUUUCAAAACCGCUAUUGAUGGCUGACCAUCGGCAUUGUCAAGCAAUACUAAAACAAGUAAAAAGUAAAAUCACAAAAAUACUGAACUUAGAGGAAAAUCGAUUCGGAAAGUCCAUAAUCACAUGGAAAAAUGAAAAUAACAAAAAGCAUCAAAAACGAAUGGACUAGAACUGUCAUAUUCCUGACUUUGUACAGGCAUUUUCAAAUGAAGAAAAUGGUGGAUUAAACCUGGUUUUAUAGCGCUAACCCUCUCACUUUGAUGACAGUCUCAUAAAAUGCCGUUAUAUUUACAUUGAUGCGUUAACUAAAUAAAGGCAACAGUAGUAUACCGCUGUUCAAAACUCGUAAAUCCAUGGACAAAAAACAAAAUCGGGGUAACAAACUAAAACCGGGCGAAACGCAUUAAAUAUAAGAGAACAACGACCGAGAACAAACACCGAAACGCAACACACACAGAAACGGACCAAGCAUGAGAAAAAAUCCCACAAGAACAACAAACAUAACAUCUAAACCAAAUACAUGAAUUUGGGAUAAACAAGUACCGUGCCACGUCUUAUCUUAAUAUCUCAAAAAUAAGAGAAAACAAAUGACACAACAUUAAAAUGCAACACACACAGAAACGAACAAUAAUAUAACAAUGGUCAUCUUCCUCACUUGGUACAGGACAUUUUUAAAGGGGAAUAAAAAUUGUGGGUUGAACCUUGUUUUGUGGCAUGCCAAACCUCGCACUUUAAUGACAAAGUUAUAUAUAACAUUGAAAUGACAACAUAAUAUUACAGGACUACAAUACAAAUGAAUAGACACAAUAAAUAAAAUGGUCAAAAUAUGGAUACAUCAGUCAUCAUCGUAUAACAAUUAACAAUAAUCUAUAAAACUAAAUCUUGAUGAAUACUUUCUGCAGAGCCUUAUACAUAUACAGUAUUUAUAACAAAUCAAAACGUGUUGGAUCAUCUGCUUAAAAACUAAAGACAACGUAUACAAGACAUGACACAUUGCUGAAAAUAAUAGAAAAGGUUAAUUCAAUUAUAAGAGAUUUCAACUACAAAUAAAUAUAUCAUGUAUUCUUGUGGCUGUUCUUUAUAUUCAUGUAUGAAAGCUUUUAUGUGUUAUAAAUGUAUGCUAAUGCUAGAGGGUAUCAACCUCACAAUUAACACAUGAUGGUCUUUAAAUUCUAGGU